CACGAGAUUAGGCUCAGGGAAGGAGAUGGCCCUUCCUUCCCACAGGCACUAGCGGGUCGAACCCAGCUGGCACCUUCUGGAACUCUGUUCUUGGAGAGCAGCCCAGCCCACCCACACCGGGAGCACAGCACCCUCAAAGUCCCGGCGAGGAGGGGCAGAGCGCGCUGCUGGCCUCUGAUCUCAGCCAGCCUCAAGUUCAGAACCCCACCCUCCCAGGAAUAAGUCACCACAGCGACCGGCCACCAUCGCCUGGCACUGACCCCCUGAGCAUGUUUAACUACGAACGUCCCAAGCACUUCCUCCAGUCCCCGAGCCCCUGGGGCUCCAGGCUGCAGCCACCUGCACCAGAAACGUCCAGCGUCUCAAGCCAGACCAAACAGUCCUCCAUCGUCAUCCAGCCCCGCAGAUGUACCGAGCAAAGAUUCUCUGCCUCGGCCACCGUGAGCUCUCAGGUCACCAUGUCCUCCUCCGGUUACCCGGCCCCUCAGCAGCCUGCUGGCUCCAACCCAGGCCAAAGGGUCACAGCUACCUAUCACCAGUCCCCGGCCAGCUUCCUAAGCUCCAUCUUGCCAUCUCAGCCUGAUUACAGUAGUGGCCAAACCCCUUCCACCGUGGACUCGAACUAUCAACCAUCUUCCGUUGGCCAACCUGCAAAUGCUAAGCCAGCCCAGCCUGCACAUUCUAAGCCUGCACCAAGGACUCCUGACCACGAGAUACAAGGCUCAAAAGAAGCUUUGAUUCAAGAUUUGGAGAGAAAGCUGAAAUGCAAAGACCCGCUCCUUCCUAAUGGAAAUCAACGGCUGACAUACGAGGAAAAGAUGGCCCGCAGAUUGCUUGGACCACAGAAUGCAGCUGCUGUGUUUCAGGUUCAAAACAGUGACACACAGGACUCACCAAGUAGAUCCUCUUCAAGGGCAGAUGCGAACGAUCAAGAUGCCAUCCAAGAGAAGUUUUACCCACCCCGCUUCAUCCAAGUGCCAGAAAACAUGUCCAUGGGAGAAGGAAUGUUCUGUAGGAUGGAUUUCAAAGUGAGCGGCCUGCCAGCUCCGGACGUCUCGUGGUAUCUGAACGGAAGACCAGUCCAGUCGGAUGAGCUGCACAAAAUGAUCGUGUCUGAGAAGGGCUUUCACUCCCUCAUCUUUGAAGCGGUCAGAGCGUCGGAUGCGGGCGCCUAUGUGUGUGUGGCCAGGAACCGAGCCGGGGAAGCCACCUUCACCGUGCAGCUCGACGUCCUGGCAAAAGAACACAAAAGAGCACCGAUGUUUAUCUACAAACCACAGAGUAAAAAAGUUUUUGAAGGGGACACAGUAAAACUGGAAUGCCAGAUCUCAGCCAUACCUCCACCAAAGCUUUUCUGGAAGAGGAACAAUGAAAUGGUCCAGUUCAACACAGACCGAAUAAGCUUGUAUCACGAUAAUGCUGGGAGAGUUACUUUACUGAUCAAAGAUGUGACUAAAAAAGACGGAGGCUGGUACACCGUGUCUGCAGUCAAUGAAGCUGGAGUGACCACGUGUAACACCAGAUUGGAUGUGACAGCCCGUCCGAACCAAACUCUUCCCGCUCCAAAACAGUUGCGGGUUAGGCCAACUUUCAGCAAGUAUUUGGCCCUGAAUGGAAAAGGUUUAGAUGUGAAGCAAGCUUUUAACCCAGAGGGAGAAUUCCAGCGUCUGGCAGCUCAAUCCGGAUUGUACGAGAGCGAAGAACUCUAACAGCUCCGACCACAGAGCACCAAUAGUGUGGAUGACGUUUUCCGCCGCAUACAUCCAUAACUGUAUUAACAGGUUAUGGCUUGAACUAGAUACUCUAACUAAUACACAUGUAUAACGUGACUCAUCCUCUGACUCUUCACAUUUCCAUCUACUUCUCCGAUUUUCGAAGCCCCCCAGGAAACGGGCCAUCUGGAUGUGUUUGUCUUUAAAAGUGGGGAUUCUGCUAUUUAACAGCAACAGAGGGAUGGAUCUUAACGCACACGUAGCAGUUGCUGGUUAUGGAUGAAUAACAUUUGAAACACAUUUAGUGCUUGCAGUCAGGCUCCUGGUACUGCUUAACACGUAACUGCUUUACCUGUGUUCUCUUAGGAAUACUAACACGAAUCCUGUGAGCAGUGCUGUGCCAAGACAAUAAAAUUCAGAGUUAAAACAGAG